AUGAACCGCCUCAUCUCAUUCCUAGCUCUCUCUGCGCUAGCCCUUCUCUCCACAGCACAAGAUGGCCCUACCAAACCGCCAGUCGACAAGAGCUACAACCGCAACAAUAUCAACGACGGUCUGGGCGAGUACCUGGAGGGCACUCGACAAAAGCCAAACAUCACCGAGUGGGAAAACAAGGCCGUGUGGCCGGAUGGCUGCCGCCUCGAGGCCGAGGAGGCCAACCUGGACGCCGCCGACUUCAAGGUCUACGAGGUCAGGUACGGCGACUGCGACGAGCCCUGGCACAUGUGCGUGCACGACGAGGCCGGUUCCAGCAAGGAGCACCUCGCCGAGCAGUUUGGCAGGAUACCGAUCGGGAUGCGGUCGUACGUGAGGAACCUCGUGGCGCAGCCGCAGCACUUUGAGAAGAAGACAGUUACGGCGCAUUUUAGGUCCACGGGGGAUAUGACGACGUUUGUCAAGGUCGAGCUGGCUACUUUGGUUCAUGAAAUAGGCCAUGCGCUAGAUUUCCUCGCCCUGAAGAACAAGACGACCCAAGACGGCAAAAAGGUGUCGUCCUUCAGCAUGACAAAGGCGUGGCAGGACUCGGUCGCUUUGGACAGCAACGUCCCAACAGAGUACUCUCGAAAGUCGUGGGUCGAAAACUUUGCAGAAACGGUAAUCAUGGCAACCUUUGACGAGAACGUGCCCAACGCUCGCAGCAAGGACGUCGGCCCUUGGCCCGACAGCAACAAGUGGGAACUUUUCAAGGAGCAGCUCAAGACGGUCGUGGACAACGUCGGCGGCAAGAUCACGCCCGACGAAAAUGCCAAAUGCAAGAAUCGGCUGCAAAACAGCAAGGCCGUGCCAAAGAAUGCCUUGACGCCAAAGAGGGAGCUGGGGUUGAAGCCUGACCUGAGGAUCAGGGAUACGUCUAUCAAUAUUAUCGAAGGAGAUUCGGAUCAGGACUCUGUUGUUGUGGAUGGUUGCGAUCAUAAUCACUGA